AUGCCCAGCCUCACCUCCACCGCCGUCCUCGACGCCACUAACAUCGAGCUGUUGCGUCAGAAGCUCGCGGAAGAUGUUCGAGUGGAGAAAUACACCCCCCUAGCCCCCCCGGAGCUAGUGCAAUACGAGAUCGGCCUCAGCGCGCAAUCCCUUCGCACCGUACUGAACAGCCGCAUCGAAGCCCGCAACAUUAUCCGGCAGGCCUCCGAUCGGCUGCUCGUACUCGUGGGCCCAUGCAGCAUCCACGACCCGGAGAGCGCGUUGGAAUACGCCACGCGGCUGCGAGUGCUCGCCGGCGAACUGCAAGAGGAGCUCUGCAUCGUGAUGCGGGCAUACUUGGAGAAGCCGCGCACGACCGUCGGGUGGAAGGGGCUGAUCAAUGACCCAGACGUCGACGACUCGUACAACAUCAACAAGGGGGUGAAAGUGGCGCGCACGCUGCUGGCCGAGAUCACUGACAAGGGAAUGCCCGUCGCCUGCGAGAUGCUGGACACCAUCUCGCCGCAGUACACGGCCGACUUGAUCAGCGUCGGGGCGAUCGGGGCGCGCACGACGGAGUCGCAGCUGCAUCGCGAGUUGGCCUCCGGGCUGUCCUUCCCGGUGGGCUUCAAGAAUGCCACCGAUGGGUCGGUCGGCACGGCGGCGGACUCGCUGCAGUCGAUGCGCGGCAAGCAUCACUUCAUGGGGACCACGAAGCAGGGGAUGAUUGCCAUCACGAGUACCCGUGGGAACCCGGAUGGGUUCGUGAUCCUGCGGGGUGGCAGUCGUGGCCCCAACUAUGAUGCGGAGAGCGUCCAGGCGACCAAGAAGAUCCUGCAGAAGAAGGGUGAGCGGGAGGUCGUUAUGGUGGAUUGUUCGCAUGGGAACUCCCAAAAGGACCACCGCAACCAACCCAAGGUGCUGCGCGCCAUCGAGGAGCAGCUCCGUCAGGGCGAGCGCGGCAUCAUCGGUGUCAUGGUCGAGUCCAACAUCCGGGAGGGUAACCAGAAGCCUGCUGCGCGUCUGGAGGGCUGUGAGAAGGGCGUUAGCAUCACGGAUGCUUGCAUUGACUGGGAGACCACGGAGGCUUCGUUGCGCUCGCUGGCAGAUGCUGUGCGCGAGCGUCGGGCUCGGGUGGCGCCUGGGACGCCGUGA